AUGCAGGUCACGACAGCUAAUGAUGUUAAAAUAUAUAACUUGAGUUAUGGAAAAAAUAUCCCAGAAUGGAUGACUGGACAAGCUAGGAGAAAGCUCGAAAAAGGCAAUCUAGAUGUACGACGUAGAAUCGAGCUUAUUCAAAACUUCGAAAUGCCCGAUAUGAGCUCGACGAUUAGUAUCACUAAAGAUGGGCGCCAUGUAUUCGCCUCAGGUAUUUACAAACCCUUCGUAAAAUGCUUUGACUUGAAUGAUCUCUCAUUAAAGUUCGAGAGAGGGGUAGAUUUUAGUGUGUUGAAACUUGUAAACUUCAGUGAUGAUUAUUCAAAGUUUGCUAUUUUGCAAGAUUUUCGUCGUGUGGAGAUUCAUGCAGCUUUUGGACGAUACUACGCAUUCCGAACUCCAACGCAAAGUAGAGAUUUUGCUUUCUCAGAAGAAUGUAGUGACUUAUAUUUCGUUGGAAAAAAUGAUCAGAUUUAUCGUUUGAAUCUGGAAAUGGGAGAGUGGUUACAACCAUUAACUUCUAAUUCAGGAGCAAUCAACUGCUGUAAAUUCGCACCAGAACAUCAACUUUUCGUUUGUGGUACAACCGAUGGAACUGUAGAAACUUAUGAUCAUAGAGAUAAAAAAAUGGUUGGGCUUUUAGAUUGUCAACCCCACUUGUUCAAACAAACAGACGGUAAAUUAAGCGAAAUAACUUCUGUAGCUUUCAAAGACGCCCUUCAUAUGGCUGUUGGUAGUAGUACGGGACAGAUUAUUCUCUAUGAUAUUCGAUCCAGUCGUCCCAUGCUCAUCAAAGAUCAUUAUAAUGAGCUUCCUAUCGUUAAGGUAGAGUAUGUUAAAAGAGAGGAAGGUGAUUUAGUACUCUCUAUGGACUCUCGUGUAUUGAAAAUGUGGAAUGAAAAAGACGGAUCUGCGUUUGCUGCUAUCGAAAGUCAUUAUGAGCUUACUGACUUCUGUCGGCAGCCUGAUACAGGUCUCAUGUUCUUUGCUAAUGAUUCUCCGAAGAUGUUACAAUAUUUCGUACCCGCUAUUGGUCCAGCACCUAGAUGGUGCUCGUUCUUGGAAGGCUUAACAGAAGAAUUAGAAGAAUCUGAUGAAGUUAUAGUUUACGAUGACUUCAGGUUCGUAACACAGCAACAACUUGAAGAUGUAGGAUUAUCACAUUUGGUUGGAUCGAAUGUACUCCGUGCAUACAUGCACGGAUACUUCAUCCACGCCAAACUGUACGACAAAGCAUGCACAGUUACACAACCAUUCGCUUUCAAAAAUUACAAAGAGAGAAAGAUCCGUGAAGUUUUGGAUAAAGAACGUGAGAGAAGAGCUGUUGAAAAGAAAGUUAAAGGUCCACAGGUCAAUAAGGCUUAUGUUGAUCAUAUUGAGGAAAGGCGUAAUAGGGAUGGAAAGAAGAAUGAAGAAGUUUACAAUUCGGUAUUGUCUGAUGAUCGUUUCAAGCAGUUGUUCGAAUCCAAAGAUUACGAGGUUGAUUUCGAUAGUGAAAUUUACCAUAAGAAAUAUGGUAAAGCCGGAAAUAAGAAGCGCAAGGCUGAUAGCUCGGAUGAGGAAGAUGAUCGUGACCGCAUGGAACUUCAUCUUCCUGACGACGAUGACGUUCAAGUAGGCAAGAAUGGUGCAGAUUCCCUCCUAGAAUCAGAAGAAGAGGAUGAGGAGACAGUGUCAGAGAAGGUUCUGAAAAAGAAGCAAAAACAAGAGCGUAUAAUAGAAAAACGUAGAAAACAAAAAGAAAAAUAUUUGGAAACGAAGAAGCAGGCUAAAGCCGAAAAGGUUUUGCGCCAGCAGAAUAAACCUAAGAAGUUUGUUCUCCAUGAUGUGGAUAAUGCAGAUACUAGUCGACAAUUCAUAGAAGAGGAUGUUAUUCAAGAUGAUAAGGCGGAAGUGGUCAUGUUCAAACGAAAACUGAAGGCGUUGAGAAAGAACCAGAAUGAAGAAGUUGUAGAAAACAACUUUGGAGGAAAAUCCUUAACAUUUACUUUGCCAAAAUCUGGUAAAGCUGGGCAGAGUGAACAACAAAAAGAAGAGAGGAAAAAGCAUCAGACAGAAAGGAAGGAUGUCGUUCGAGCUACUGUUGAUUCCGUUUCUAAAAAUCUUAAGCGACUCCCCCGUAACAUUGGAAAGAAUCAGAGAUUUUAA